AAUGAGAAGUGUGAAACACUUACUUGACGCCCAUCGUUACUGACAGUUCUUCACCAUUUAUCCUCAAGCGUCCAUCAAAGGCGCUCUGCGUCGUCCGAGAUCUGUAGCGAGAUUAGUUCGGUUCUUUCUUAGUGAAAUCAACAGUAAGAUGCGAUUACCAAUCAAGUUGGGCAUUGGCGCAGGUGUCAUGAUUUUUGUGUCUGUAUUGACGUGGGUGAGCUUUCCACCAUUCAUUAGGUCUCAGUUACGUAAGCAAGUAGCGCUGGUAGAAGGUACAGAUAUGCACGAAUUAUGGAAAAAACUUCCAUUUCCUUACGUAUUCAAGGUCUACCUAUUUAAUAUAACAAAUGCGGAGGGAAUCGAGAACGGGGAAAAACCGCACCUGCAGCAAGUAGGGCCAUACGUUUUCUACGAGUGGAAGGAAAAGCUGAAUCUAGUGGACGACGAAGAGGCUGAUACGGUGGAAGUCAACUACAAAAACACUUGGUAUUUUCAGCCGUCAGAAAGUAACGGACUUACGGGAAAUGAGGAGCUUAUAUAUCCACACCUCGGGAUAUUGAGUACGAUAUUGGUCGCGAUGAUCGAGAAACCGCAGAUGAUCAGCAUCGCAGCCAAAGCUGUGGAUAGUAUUUAUAAAAAGCCAACCUCAAUUUUUAUGAAGGCGAAAGCCAUGGACAUCAUGUUUAACGGUAUACCGAUCGAUUGUACGGUAAAAGAUUUCGCCGGGUCUGCGUUAUGUGCGAUGAUGAAAAGCGACACGAGGAAUGUGCACGUCGUUGGUGAAGAUAUGUACAAAUUUUCACUCUUCGGAAAGCACAAUGAUACGAUUAGGGAGGGUAGAGUAAAAGUCACUCGAGGAGUAAAGGACCCAAAGAAAAUCGGAUACGUGGUAGAAUACAAGAACGAGACGAUACAGACGGUUUGGAACGGCGAUGAGUGCAAUGCUUUCGAGGGUACCGAUUCUACGAUAUUUCACCCAGGGUUAUACAAGGAUGAGAAUAUGAUUGUGUUCGGUAUUGAUCUUUGCCGAAAGAUGGUAGGACGUUUCUCCAAGCCGACCAAAGUGGCGGGAUUUAAGACGAAUCAAUAUCUGUUUGACCUUGGAGAUCAGAGCACCGUUCCCGAGGAGAAGUGCUACUGCUUAAAUCCGGACAAUUGCUUGAAGGCGGGGGCGCUUGAUUUGUACACAUGCAAAGGUGCACCGAUAAUUGCGACGCAUCCUCAUUUCUACUUGGGAGAUCCGUCCUACCUUGAAAACGUCACUGGGCUGCAUCCCGUAAAGGAGGACCACGAAAUGGUGGUCGAAUUGGAACCGUUCACUGGCACACCUGUAUUAAGUCGGCAGAGAAUUCAGUUAAACAUGUUCAUAUUUCCAAUUCCGAAGUUUAAGUUGAUGAAGAAUUUUCCCUACGCGUUGUUGCCACUGGUCUGGAUUGAGGAAAAUGUGGAUCUGACUCCUGAUCUAAUAAAGAGAGUGAUGCUCGUCUUUCAUGUGCUUACCGGCGUCAGCUGUUUCAAGUGGAUCCUUCUACUUGGGGGUCUGGCUCUCGGCGGAGCCGCUGGAGGGCUUGAAUUUAAGCGACGUCAACUUGAAAAAAAGCUUGAAAUAACUCCCGUUGCACCAGCUCCUGGCUCGACAGACAGCUCAAAGAACAGUGCGGACGUCAAAAAAUGGCCCGUGAAUAUUUCUACGCUGCAACCCGCCGCCGUUCCGGCGUCCAUCGACGACCGAAAUUAGUAACGACAUUCUGUCGAACUCGUGCAGUUCUAAGCACGAAAAGUAUCUUUUAUGUAACACUAGUAUGGUUACGCGUCUUUUUUUGCCUGCGUUCCGUACGUAAAGUGCGUAAUCGUUUUUACGACCUUUGAGAAAUUGGCUUGGAAAAAAACUUCUUGUGGCGCGGUAUAUAUAUUGUCUGAAGCGAUUGGGAUCCCACAUACACAUAAGCGUAGAUAAGCAACAAGGUGCAGACAAAACUCUAAUCGGUCAAUUGUUCUAGAUGAAUACAAUGAACAUCUAAGCCAAGUAAAAAUUCAUAUAAUUUAUUAGGCAGUUAUUUUAUUACAUUGAAAUACAUUUGGAGUGAGAAAUAUCAUGAUAAAGUAUCCAUUUCUAAUAUUUUAACUAACCAGAACUCUUUUGAAGUGGUUUAUUUUCCGCCGCCAUAAGUGGCAUCUUCCGAUAUGUUGGGUCCUAAUUCUAAUAUAUGAAUUAUCGAUUGUGUUGUGCUAUUAUCGAUUUAAUUCUUACUCGAGUAUAAAUAUGCAUGCAUUAUACGGAUAUGGGUCUAGAUAGGGGCCGAUAAAUAUAAUUAUAAUUAUAAAUAUUGUGCGAUCUCAUACGCAAUGUGGUCAAUAUUUUGCUACGGGCCGAUCUUGAAAUUAAGAAACCAGACUUAAGUCCAAAUUUUUGGAUUCAUUUUUCGUUUACAUAAUAAUUAGAAUAUGUGUAUAUGCAGUAUACUUGUUCCGACGCUGCUGCCGUUGAAGUUUUAAAUCUAUUAUCACAUCUUGCAGAAAUACGUUACACGGUUAAAUUUUACAGUAAAGAAUAAUUAGUUUUAUGUCUACGAACUAAAAAAAAUAAUUAAAAGUAAAUAAGAAGCUCUUACUUAAAUAGCAUGUAUUUUUUGCUUAAUUCAUUGUAAGUGUUACUCGGUUUGUGCUGAUAUAUUUAAGUAUUCCUGAUAGUGUUAUUUCCGAUUCGAAAUAAAAUUGUGAUGGAAUUUU